UAUUCAAAACAUGUUGCAGGUCGAUACAGCAAAUAUUCCAUUCAUCAAUACCCUAUGGUACUCCAAAAGUAUGUCGGAGAUUAUUCUGAAAACAACAAUUUUCCUUCCAGUGGUAGUUUUCGGAAUAUUUGGAAAUUUUCUGGUGAUUUUCAUUUUACUGAAAAAUAACCACAUUCGCACUCCUACAAAUUUACUGAUUGGUAAUAUGGCACUAGCUGAUUUAUUGUCUUUGCUAAUUCAUCCAUGGGUAACACUCACCUAUGAUUUAUUUCAAAAUUACCAGCUUGGUGAAUUCGGAUGCAGAACUGAGGCACCAGUAGAAUGUUCCAUUAUGAUAGCAAGUGUAAUAAGUAUGUCAGCAAUAACCUAUGACAGAUUGACUGCCAUCGUUUUACCCACAGAGACGAGGAUCAAUAGAAAGGGGGCUAAAAUUGUAAUGCUUAUAACAUGGAUAGUGGGGAUUUCAUUAUCGGUGCCAAUAUACUUGUUGCGAACUUACAAGGAACGCCGAUGGUUAGACUUCCUGGAAAAGUAUUGUACUGAAAAUGUGUUGGUGACCAAUAUUUAUUGGUAUGUUUUAACAGCUAUCCUUAUAUGGUUACCUUUAUCAAUUCAAAUUAUUUGUUAUAUUUCUAUUUUCGUGAAGUUGAGCAAAUAUGAAAAGAUCAUCAUGAAAAAAUUGCAACAACAACAAAUUAACUAUAAGAAGAAGGCAGCAAAAAUGAUGUUCAUUGUGACAGUCACUUUUAUGAUCUGCAGAUUACCUUUUACUGCACUAAUAAUUUAUCGUCAACAAUUGAUAAAAGUUAAGAAACUGGCAUCAUCUCCCGAUGUCAGAAACCAGGUAAGUUUGAUUCGGUCAUUUAUUAUCAAAAUAGUCAAAAUUACCUAAAAAUAUAUAUAAAAAAUACA